AUGAAGCCCCGGCCAGCAUAUUUACUACGGUUUACCGCGUUCGUAGUUUGCUUUCUACCAGCUGAAGCAUCACGCGAACUCGUAUUCGUGCAAGCCAUCUGGAGGCACGGAGACCGUGCUCCGUUAUCUCUUCCUUACCCGAGGGAUCCGUACACUGAAAGCGCCUGGCAACGAGGCUGGCAGCAGUUAACAAAUAUAGGAAUGAAUCAAUUAAAUGAACUCGGCAAAUACUUUCGGACCAGAUACAAUUCUUUCCUUCCAUCUCAUUUCAUUCCUAGUCAGGUUUACAUCCGCUCUUCAGACUCCGACCGCGCUCUCACCUCCGCGCAAGCAUUCCUCUCAGGUUUCUACCCCGCCGAGGGUAGUUUUCAGUGGGAAAAAGGGAACUCUUGGCAGCCAAUUCCUGUACACGCUGCGACGCCAGGAGACCCCGAUCUGUUACUAAAACCAGCUUCAACGUAUUGCAAAAACUACGACACGUUAGUGGAUUCUGACGACAAAAAACAGGCCGAUGUGUACAACGUGAAGAACGCGGACCUGUUCAAGUUGCUUGGUGAACAGACCGGGAUAAAAAAUUUCUCAUAUGUGAACGUGAACAAGAUCUACGACGUCAAUAGAGAACUAAUCCACAAUAUGACAGAAAGACAGCCGGCUUGGGUGUUCCAGAAAUGGCCCGAAUACAAUGGUUCAGGCACUAUGGAUAUAAUCACUGAACUGCGUCGCAUCCGUAUGAUGACAAGGUUCAAUUCUCCUCAGAAAUCGAAGUUGGUGGGUGGUUAUCUUCUGAACAAUUGGGUCCAGAACGCGCAGAAAGUUGCAAAUGGCUCAAUGGACGUACCUCAGAAGAUGCUUCUACUUUCUUCGCACGACACUGCAUUACUAGCGCUAAUGUACGCGAUGAACGUCGCCAACGAUCUCAUGGUUCCUUACGGAUCUGCGUUGAUUAUGGAGAUUUACAAGGACAACAACGAUUACAUGGUGGAGCUCCUGUACCGGAACGACACCACGCGUGUUCCCUACACGCUGCAGAUACCUGAAUGUGGAAAUCCAUGUACCGUUCAAAAGAUGGCCGAGCAGUACCCAAACAUGGUUCUUUCCAGUCUGUCUGAGCAGCAAAAAUUAUGUGGAACACCACUAAAAGAAUGCAACGGAUCGUCAGCGGCGGUGUACUUCUUCCUCUGCCUCUUUAUAUCAACUGCGAUAAAUUUCCUUUGA